CCAUGGUGACACGCACUGGCACAGUGCCUCUUGUUACGGGAUGGGCAAAACCAGCGCAUUGCGAGCCAUUGCGGAUGUGGCGGAUGCGAUUCGUGCCGCUUAUCCGAAGGCUGUUAGCUUUGGGGGUUUGGAAGACUGUCAUCGACGCAUGCAGCAAUUCGAGGCGUUGGGGUUUCCGAAUUGCUGGGGCUGUAUUGACAACACCCAUGUGUAUGUCGACAAACCCCGGUCGAGGGACGUCGAUGACUAUUGCUCCGGUCGUCACAACCGAUUCUCCCUCGUCACGCAAUUGGUGGUGGACUCGGAGUUGAAGAUCUUGGACUUCUCCUACGGUUUUCCGGGGACUGUGGGCGACGCACGUGUUCUAAAGCACACGUCAUUGUACAGGCGAGCCCUAAAGGGGUCAUUGUUUUUUGACGAUCCAGAAGAUCCACACCGUGGCGAACGACCGUGUAUACCAUGUGUCCCCGGGGGGUACUUGCUUGGGGAUGGCGGGUAUCCCAGUCUUCCCUGGCUUGUCAUUCCGUACGGGCGUCAACCAGUGGUCACGCGAGCAAUGCAGCGCUUUGACGCUCUACACAAGAUAGUGAGGUCUUGUGUCGAGCGGUUCUUUGGUGUGUUCAAGAUGCGGUUCCAUUACUUCUACCGGCCGCACAUUGCCGACAUCACGAGGGAGAGGCUGGAGUUCCACGCUUGUUGUAUUCUCCACAACCUGCUUCAGGAGUGGGGUGACCUGCCCAAAGAGGAGGGUGAGUUCAUGGAUGCCUCGUCUCCCGACAGUCCGCCUCCUGAUGUUGACAGACAUGUCGACGGUUGUCCGCUGAAGUCCAUGUUCGGUCGGGAGCGUGGGCAGGCUGUGAGGGAUGCACUGUGCACUGAGGUCCUUCGACUAUGGGAGGCCCGACUGAAUCAUUGAAACUCCGGUUUCUUUUCAGCACAUAUAAAGCAGUGGUAGGGUGUUGUCGAAAAAAAGGUGGGUCUUGUGGAGACAACAAUACCAUAGACUUCGCUGCGUAGUGGGUUAUUGGGCCACACAUAGCUCUGCUUUUCUGCAGUUCGUACGUGCUAAGGCGACGCAGCUAUGGCGGAUAAAAAUCGUCCCAGAUG